UGCUGAACAAAAAAGAUAUUUUGAAAAAUGGGUAACCAUACAUUUGCUAUUUUGUGUCUUUUAAUACAUUUAGAUUUCCGUUGCUCUAUGAAAAAAGCUGUACGUAAACACACUUGUCCAAUGAAUAAGUGUUCCCAUACAGCACAUUUGGAGCCCUGCCCACUUAGAGCUUCCUGGCUCCGAGCUCUUUAAUAUUUGUUUGCACUUUAACACAGUAAACCUACCUAAGAAAUCCGGUAAGUGUCAGUCAUGGACCUGUUGCAGCUUUACGAGUGGAUCGAUAUCAAGAGUAUUUUGAUAUUUUCGUGUGUGUUUUUAUUGCUGAGUGAUUAUAUAAAAAAUAAAGCGCCGAAGAACUUUCCUCCUGGACCAUGGUCUUUACCGAUUAUAGGACACCUUCAUCAUAUCGACAACAGUAGGCUGCAUCUUCAGUUCUCAGAGUUUGCAGAAAAAUACGGCAAGAUUUUCAGCCUUAGAAUUUUUGGACCAAGAAUUGUCGUGUUGGAUGGGUAUAAACUCGUGAAGGAGGUGUAUUUACAACAGGGUGACAACCUUGCUGAUCGACCUAUGUUACCUUUAUUUUAUGAGAUUUUUGGAGACAAAGGUUUAGUUGCUGCCAGUGGGUAUAAAUGGAAGCAACAGAGGAAAUUUACACUCUCGACUCUUCGAAACUUCGGAUUGGGAAAGAAAAGCCUGGAGCCGUCCAUCAGUCUUGAAUGUACCUUUCUGAAUGAGGCCAUUUCAAAUGAACAAGGUCGACCAUUUGACCCUCGCUUACUGCUGAACAACGCUGUGUCAAAUGUGAUCUGUGUGUUUGUGUUUGGUAAUCGGUUUGAGUACAGUGACAAUGACUUCCAGUCUCUGUUAAAGAACAUCAAUGAAGCUAUGUAUUUGGAAGGAGGCAUCUGUGCUCAACUGUAUAACAUGUUCCCAUGGCUCAUGCGGCGAGUCCCUGGACCGCACAAGAAAAUCCUUAGUCUGUGGCAGGAGGUGAGUGACUUUGUUCGAGAGAAGGUGAAUGCACACAGAGUGGAUUAUGAUCCAUCAAAUCCUCGAGACUACAUUGACUGCUUCCUUGGAGAAAUGGAAAAACUUAAAGACGACACCACCGCUGGGUUUGAUGUGGAGAACUUGUGCAUCUGUACUCUGGAUCUGUUUAUAGCGGGAACUGAGACCACCUCCACCACUCUGUACUGGGGUCUUCUCUACAUGAUGAAAUAUCCUGAGAUACAGGCCAAAGUUCAGGAGGAGAUUGAUCGUGUUGUUGGAGGGUCACGGCAGCCAUCUUUAUCAGACAAGGACAACAUGCCCUACACCAAUGCUGUUAUUCAUGAGAUACAGAGAAUUGGAAAUAUUGUCCCAAUGAAUGUGGUCCGGGCUACUGUGGAAGACACUCAGAUAGGAGAAUACUCUAUUCCAAAGGGCACAAUAGUGACCGGUAAUUUGACAUCAGUGCUGUUUGAUGAGUCCGAGUGGGAGACGCCUCACUCUUUUAACCCGGGUCACUUCCUGGAUGCUGAGGGCAAAUUCAGGAGAAGAGAUGCCUUUUUACCUUUUUCUCUAGGAAAGAGAGUGUGUCUUGGGGAGCAGCUGGCACGGAUGGAGCUGUUCCUCUUUUUCUCUUCUCUGCUGCAGCGCUUCACUUUCUCUUCACCAGCGGGUGUGGAGCCCAGCUUGGAUUUUAAACUGGGGGCCACUCACUGUCCCCAGCCAUAUGAAUUAUGUGCAGUGCCACGCUAAAACAAGCAAUACACCAUACUAUACCAAGCUAGUCGAUUUGGUCAGUCACACUUUAUAAAUUCAUUUUAGCUUAUCUAUAGCAAACUCAAAAAUUACAUAGAGCAGCAGCAAGGGCGUGAGUCUGUCAUGGCAACUAGAUACAGCACACAUGAAUUCCUUGCACUAUGUUUAGCAAUAAACACGUUGAAAAUAA